CAGAGAAGACAGAGAAGACAGAGAAGACAGAGAAUACAGAGAAGACAGAGGACACAUGAAGACAACAAAAUUUUAAUUCAAAUUUCAUCCCAAGCUCUAUUUGAAAUCUGGACAAAAUGACAUGAUUUCUAAUAUACCAAGAUUCUUUUGCCUGUGAAAUCCUUCCUUCUGAACAUAAUCAAAGACACUGAAGCAAUGCGUUCGGAAUGCCGGCAAAGAAUCAGCUGUUCCAACCACCUCCCAGCCACUACUCGUCACAGCCCACUCAGAAAUUCACUCACGCGAGCUGAGGUGCCCUUUCGCGUAAAACUUUCAUGUGCUCAUCACUAUUUCAUCAAUCGGCUGCACGCCAAUCAUCGCAUCGGGAACACCUGCAUCGGCACUCGGCAGGUAUAAAUGCCAAAUCGCUUUCGGGAAUUUGGUUUUACAAGUAACUGGUUCCUCAUUCGAAGAGGUCUGUAUUCUCUUGAUAGAGGAAAAAUGCUGCCCAGACUGAAAUGGCUGGUGCUCGUUUUGGUGGUGUGCAAAUUAGAGUUUAGUCGGGGCGAUGAUUUUCCUUCGUUGAUCUCCGCCAAUGCCUCAAUUGCGGUUAUUCUGGAUCGAGAAUAUCUGGAUACUCAGUAUGACGAAAUUUUGGAAGGAACCAAACGGCUGUUUGAACGGCUGCUACGUGAUAACUUCAGAAACGGUGGUCUUAUAGUCAAGUAUUUUUCCUGGACCAGCAUCAACUUGAAAAGAGAUUUCACAGCAGUGCUUUCGGUUUCCAACUGUGACAAUACCUGGGACGUGUACAAAAAUGCAGCCAAAGAAAACUUGGUUAUCAUGAGCAUCACGGACUCGGAUUGCCUCCGUUUACCACUGAACAACGCAAUUAUGAUUCCGAAAACGAUUCCUUCAUCGGGAAAUUUUGAAGAGUUGCCUCAGGUUAUAAUGGACAUGAAGGCCAUGAAAGCCAUCGAUUGGACCUCAGCCGUGCUGCUGUAUGAUGAAAGUUUCGACCGUGACAUCAUCGCCCGAAGUAUCGUUGCCCUCUCCAAGGAAUCCGAAGACGUCAAACCGUUGUCGUUGUCACUGUUUCGCAUCGAAUCCCAUACGCACAUGUGGGAAAAGCGCAAAGCAAUUCGCAAAGUGCUUGUCAAUCUUCCUACCAGAUACAUUGGUCGAAACUUCAUCGCUAUCAUCACCACGCAAACCAUGGAACUGGUCAUGGAGAUUGCCAAGGAGUUGAAAAUGGUUCAUCCUCUGGCGCAGUGGCUGUAUGUUGUAUCGGAUACUUCAGCCGACAAGAAUAACAUCUCCGCUGUUCAUCCAAUCAUCAGCGAGGGUGACAAUAUUGCCUUUGUAUACAAUCUGCGAAGGGAAGCCCAGUCCUGUGAGUCACAUCUGCUGUGUUACAUGGAGAACCUUAUCACCUCACUGGUUCAUGGACUUUCAAAGCUGAUCCGGGAGGAGAAAGCUGUUUAUGGACAAAUCGCCGACGAAGAGUGGGAAGUGAUCCGGAUGACGAAGGCCGAGCGGAAAGAUGAGAUACUGAAGAUUAUGAGAGGUGAACUGGUCGGGAAGGACAGCUGUAACGAAUGCUCGAUGUGGAAGGUCGAAGCCGGAGAAACUUGGGGCUACACCUAUCAAUCGGCAGCGGAUGAGCUCCUCACGGGAGUGGUGAGCACGCACAAGAAACAAAUUUCUCUCCUGGACGUGGGCUAUUGGACGCCACAGGAUGGGUUUGUCAUGCGAGAUUAUAUGUUUCCUCAUGUGGUGAACGGGUUUAGAGGAGUACACUUGAACUUCUACAGCUAUCAUAAUCCACCGUGGCAGUUUGUGUCCUACAACGAGAGUGGUCACCUUUCGUUAUCACGUGGUGUAGUGAUGGACAUUCUCACCGAACUGUCAAGGAAGCUGAACUUCACAUAUACGAUUUUGAUCUCCCAGACAAACUUGGAAUACAUUGGAAAUAUGACUGACGAUGCAAACAAUACGAUAAGUAGAGAUGCUCAUAGCAUAACAACUGAUAUACCGACGGAGAUUUUGCGUUCACUUAUGGAUAAUAAGAUUCUUUUGGCCGCAGUGGGAGCAACGGUUAGCCCAAAGCAGAAGAAGUACGUCAAUUUUACAACGCCGAUUAGCAUUCAAACAUAUAGUUUCAUCGUAUCUAGGCCAAAAGAGUUAAGUCGGGUUUUCUUAUUUCUAUCGCCGUUUACUAUUGAUACGUGGUUAUGUCUGACAGCAACCGUGUUUCUAAUGGGGCCGUUCCUGUACGUGGUCAAUCGCUUAAGUCCGUUCUACGAACAUCACGGCAGGUCCAAUUCGAUUGGAUUGGGGAAGUUGUACAACUGCUUUUGGUAUAUCUACGGAGCACUGCUUCAGCAAGGAGGAUUGUAUUUACCAUACGCUGAUAGUGGCCGUAUCAUCAUCGGGACCUGGUGGCUUGUCGUGCUCGUCAUCGUCACCACCUAUUGCGGCAACCUGGUCGCUUUCCUAACCUUCCCGAAGAUCGCCAUCCCAAUUACCACCGUCAACCAGUUGAUCCGCAACGAGCAGGGCGUCUCAUGGAGCAUCCGCCGGGGAACGUUCUUGGAGCAAUUUCUGCAAGAAACCGACGAUCCCAAGUACAUCAAGCUGCAUAACCAUGCUGGGUAUGUUUCGGAGGAAUCCGAAAAAAUGGUGGAUAAGAUACGUUCCGGGAGACACGUGCACAUUGAUUGGAGGACGAACUUGAAGUAUCUGAUGAAGAAGGAGUUUUUGAAGUUCGAUCGGUGCGACUUUGCGCUGAGUGUGGAUGAGUUUUUGGACGAGCAGAUUGCGCUGGCCAUGCCGAAGAACAGUCCUUACUUGGAGGUGAUUAAUGGGGAGUUGACCAAGAUGCACCAGUUUGGGUUCAUUCAGCGUUGGUUGGCGAGUUAUAUGCCCAGUGAGGACAAGUGCUCCAAUGCCAGGAAGAGUACCGAGGUGGAUAAUCAUACGGUGAACAAUGACGACAUGGCUGGGUCCUAUUACGUGCUGCUGAUUGGGUUUUCGACGGGGCUUUUUAUGUUUGUGUUGGAGUAUGGGUGGCGUUGGUAUAAGAGAUCUAAAGAAGAGACAUUACAACCAUUUACCGAAUGAAGAAUUGAGGGGGAGGAUGAGAGAGAAUGUGGGAUUUUGCACAGUGACGAAAUGGGGAAGUAUUUGAAACUGAUAGUGCUUUUAAUUGUAGUAGUGCUUUAUUGUAAAACGUUCGUGGUUUCGAUGUUGUAGGAUGUUCUAGAAGGAUUGCACAACUCACGUCAAUCAACAUUGACAACUCACAAAGAGGGGAGUUUGAUGGCAUGCUCUGCUCAACCCAUUUAGUGAGGGUGGGUCAAGUCAGAAAAAAACCCAUUAGAUCCUGUUGGUAGCUCACAGAAUGAGCGCAUGAAUGCUAGCGUCAAUAGCAAACUGUUCGAAGAGCGAAUGAAAAUAGUCCGACUUGAUAUGUAGAGCUAACAGAAAUGGGGGAUUCUUUCACCUGUUGAGCAACAGCCGAAUACGUCAUGGUGGACGCAAAGAUUUUGUUCGUUAAACCGGCCGGCCGGCCGGUUAUGCUUGUCAUCAGUCGGAGAUUUCCCAUCCGGUGGGUGUCCACAGGAGGAUAUGAUAUAAUAGAUGGGAAAAUUUCUUGUAGAUAUGUGGCAGAAUGAAGAAAAGCUAUUGGAGAUCAGCUGAUGGUAAUACUUGCAAAGAAGUGUAUAGCAAACAAUGCAUACAUAGUAUGGACGGGCUUAUCGUGAGCCUAAAGUAAAACAAAAUUAUAUUGGUAGCUUUAUUAGAAACUGAUUAGAUUCCUGGUGAUUUAUCUAAAACUUUCCCACGUUACGCAAAAGGCACAGCUUCGUAAUAUCAUUCAGACCAUUGCAACGAACCACAUUGAAUAAUAAUAAACAGGCGCCCAAUAAAAUCGACUAAGUUGUUGAUGAUGACGACUGAAACAUGUUUGACUGACGUCCAUCUGUAGUAACAUCGCUAAAAAUGUGGCGACAAUACAGUCAGAAAAGUUAGAUUACACAGCGUAACAAAAAUUAACUUUUGGUCUGUCUCAAGAGCAAACUUAUGUGUCUCUGACAGAUUUUGGGCCGCUGAAUCCGAAUCAGGGCUCAGACUUGCUCUAGCACGUCUCAAUUUUGAGCUAUACCCUAAUUUAUAGGGCAAAAUAUGCGAUUUUGGGCUUUUUUGACUGCCAGCCAUUAAGCAUGGAAAUAUUUUUUUAAGCAAUCAAAAGGUAAAUUGGUCAAUUACCAUCUAAACUAACGACUCAUGCAAAAUACUUUGUUUUACCAAAUCAAAUUUGAUAGAUUUACGCAUUUUAUGUUAGUAAGUAAACUUGCAUGCAACUUCUGGAGGGUGACUUGUAUGGGAAAUAUCGUACCUAACAUAAAUCGCUUAAAACUAUCAAAUUCGAUUUGGUAAAACGAAAUAUUUUGCAUGAGUCGUUAAUUUAGAUGUUAAUUGACCAAUUUACCUUUUGAUUGCUUAAAAAAAAAUAUUUCCAUGCUUAAUGGUCGGCAGUCAAAAAAGCCCAAAAUCGAAUAUUUUGUCCUAAAUAUUGAGGUAUAGCUCAAAAUUCUGACGUGCUGGAGCAAAUCUGAGCCCAGAUUCGGAUUCAGCGGCCCAAAAUCUGUCAGAGACACAUAAGUUUGCCCUUGAGACAAAAAAAUGUUGCGCUGUGUUACUUUUAUAAAGAAAAAACAUAACAUAGGAUCACGAAUGCCAAGAAAGCAUCACCAUCGGUAUCUAUUGUGUCUAAUGAGAUUAUUUUUAGAAACCAUAUUCAUAUUGUCCCAACGUUGAGUGGAUUUAGAGACGAAACUUGUUAGCUUGUUAGUCAUUCUAGGAAUUCACGAGGCAUCACAUGAUUUCCCAUAUUCAAUUAUCUGCAGUGAAAAUCAAAAUACAAUUGUUUGCACAGAGAAGAAAGAUUAACUUCUGAAGGUUACUCGCGAUGAUCCACCCCAUGGCCGUGAGGAUUGCAGUCGAUCGGUGUUCCCUGUUUGGUUCGGAAAUCUUUCAACAGAUAGUAUAAACAUGAGUUUCGCAGCUUUCCCGCGGGUUGUGCAGUGAUGAACUGGUUGGAGGCUCGUGGGACCAUUAAUUUUGUAUAUUUUUGUGCGGUACAGUUGACGUGACGACAAACAUGUGAACAUUUGGGAUACAUACUAUGACAAUGGUGAGUAAUAAAUGUCUUAUAGAUAUGUAGCUGGGAAAAUGUAUUUAAAGAUGAGUUUUAAAUUGCAUCUAAAUGAUUCAACUAUACUAAGGUUUCGAACGAAGAAUCGAACAAUAAAUGUGAUUAGACUCUCAAGAGUCUGUAGAGUGUCGAGUUAUUAGGUGUUAUUUGGGAUUCAACUUUGUAAAGCUCAUCGGAUACGUGCAUCGCAUCUACAUGCUUAUUCAUGCAAUUAUGUGCUGUCUAAUGGUGAUUUCAAUGAUUGUUUGAGAAUCUCCAAGAACCCCCUUGAGUACAAGGUCAUCGAAGCUACAAGCGUAAUCAAUCUGGAACGUCUUGAUUCCCUUAUGAAACCGUCUGAAACGCUUUGAACGCCUCUGAAAUUCCGCUUAAGCUGACAGCAUUGAUCCAAAAUGUAUUGUCAAAAACAGUAGGCUUCUGAAGAUCAGAGAUGGAAAAUGAUGAAGAUUGCAGCUGAGCAGACACAAACCAAAACAAACAUACUCGUGAACAACAGGGGCCCGAGAAUACUCGCACUUCUUUAUUCGUGAGUAAACGAAGCUGGCAAGCACUCGCAUGUGAUUCGCGAAGCUUCGUGAGUUUUUUGCAUUUUGACGAAAAACGCAUUUCAACGACUGGCAGUGCUGCUUUUCAGAACAAUAAAGCAUUAAGCAUUAGUUUAUGAAGGAUAAUCACUGGAUUUGCUAUUAUAACCACAAUAAAAUGUACUUCACGAAUAAAAACUCAUGAGUGUUUCUGUUUUUGCUUUGCUUCUUACUCACGAAGCAGGAGGGUGCGAAUAAACUCACACACUGUUUACUCUCGGAAUCGUGAGUAAACCUUGUGUUGGCUUUACACUCGCAAAUUGCUUCAUGAUGAGAGUAAUUCCAUCACUGCUGAAGACCCCUAAAAUCCCCUGUAACACUCUUGAGGCCCAUCGAAAACGCAUUCGAAACCCACUGAAAUUCCUCCGAAUCUUCCUGAAAUGCCCUCAAAAACCCCCUGAAACCGCCUUGAACGCCCUGUAAUGCACCUGAGACCCUCUUAAACCUACUUUAAAUCCUCUGAGUGUUGUAGAAAUGCAUUCGAAAACCCCAUGAAACGCCCUUGGAGACCCUCCGAAACUCCCGAAAACGCCCUUGUUACGCCUCUGAAACUCGCUGAAAAACCUCUGAAUCUUUCUGAAAUGCGUACGAAGAUCCCCUGAGGACCCCCUGUAACGCACCUUGGGACUCUCCGAAAGCCCCCGAAAACGCCAAUGAAGCUCCCUGUUACGCCUCUGAAACCUCCCGAAACGCAUUGAAACUACUCCGAAAUUCUCCUGAAACCCACGUGAAGCUCACCUGAGAGCCUUGUAGCCCCCUUCCCCUAAAAACCCUCUGAAUCCUCCUGAAACGCCCUAAA